AUUGAAUGCUUUUGCUUUAAUUACUGAUUACUGAUUAGUGAUUACUGGAUAAAAGCAGAAUUACAAACUUGUGAGAUUUAAGUAUGGAUGAGGAGGAGGAUAUAUCUUGUCCUAAGUGCUCGUUGACUUUAAACACUCCAUACAUCCUGUGUAAACAAUGCUCUGGAGCAGUGAAAAUUUGUCUUCAAUGUUUCUCUAAAGGGGCAGAGUUUGGAGACCAUGAGAAUGACCAUUCCUACACCAUUGUCAGGGAUGACUUCCCUUUGUUUGAAAACUCUUGGUCUGCAGCAGAAGAGCUAUCUCUUCUGAAAGUAAUGGCUGAUUGUGGCUAUGGCAACUGGCAGGAUGUGGCCCAACGAAUGAGAGUGAGGGGAAAGACUGAAGUGGAGAAACAUUAUAACAAGUGGUUCAUAAACCAGGCUAACCCCGAGCUGCCACAAUUUCCCGAAGCUGACCUCGAGAGAUUUCCAUGUCCAGUUGUGUACAAGCUGUGUGAUGAUCCUCCCCGAUAUCCUGACUCAUCACAGAUCUUCCAGUUGAUGGGAGGUUACAUGGCGGGGAGGGGUGAUUUUAAUGUGGAGCAUGACAAUUUCAUGGAACUGGAGCUACGAGCUAUUGAUUUCAAUGAAGCACCAAUCCAGGAAAGAGAUGACUUGGAAGAAAAGUUGAAAUUUGAGGUCAUAGAUGUUUAUCAGAACUGUUUAAGAGAUCGAUGGUGGAGAAGGAAGAUUAUUCGUAAAUACGGAUUAAUCAACAUCAGGAAACACCGGCUUGAUAAUGGGAUGUAUCCUACUAGAUUAAAGGACCUUUUGGAUCAGCUCAGGCCUUUUAUGAGACUGUGUAGCCCUGAAGGUUUUGAUAAAUUUUCACAAGCUCUUAAUUUGCAAUUUGAAUUAAGGAAAAACAUUCAGAAGCUAAUAGAAUGUAGGGAAAAUGGCAUAACCAAACAGAGGAGCAUUAAAAUAUUCAGAGUUCUGAAAAGUCGUAGAAAUGAGAUGAAAUCGAGAAGGCAUUUGUUAGAUGAUAUCCUUGUUCAUAUGAAGGAUGAAGCUGCAUGUCAGUCAUGGCUUCACAAACAAGCAGUUCUGGAUACAAUGUCAAAAGGGACAGCAAAUCUACCCCUACCUUCAGCCCCUAGAAGGUCAGCCCCACCCAUGGAUAUUGUGGGGCUGCCCGGCUAUGAAAGGCUUUCAAAGAAGGAGCGAGAAUUAUGUGCUAGCGUGAGACUUGUACCGGAAGCUUACCUGGAAUUUAGAGAAAUCCUUGUGGGAGAAUGUAAACGAAAUAACUUCCUUCGAUUACAGCAAGCCAGAACAUUGAUUAAAAUAGAUGUAAACAAAACCAGGAAAUUGUAUGAUUUUCUAGUAUCUGAGGGCCUUAUUACUAAAGAACCAAGCUAAUGCUUACUGGCAUUAUGGUUUAAAUUUGUACAGAAUUUACUGCUUGAAUAACAAAAAAUUGAAUCAUAAAUUAGAAAUUCUGAAUGUUGUGCUUGUUGAACCUAGUAAUAAAAAUAUUGGUAGUACAAAA